AUGAGCCGCAAAUCCCAAUGGAUUGUCCUUGCAGUCGCCAGCGGAGCCUGCGCGGCUUUCAAUGGAGUUUUUGCCAAACUUACAACGACGGAGCUCACGACUAGCUUUGCGACGGGAAUUGCGAAUAUUCUCGGCCUCGGAAAAGGGGAGAAGGUUGUCGAGGUUGUUAUUCGAGGCAUGUUCUUUGGGUUAAAUCUUAUUUUCAAUGGCAUCAUGUGGGCACUCUUCACCAAAGCCCUGGCACGUGGGACAUCCACCACCCAAGUCAGUAUCAUCAACACGUCAUCCAACUUCAUGAUUACUGCUGUCCUUGGCUUCAUCAUCUUCAGCGAGUCACUGCCUCCUCUUUGGUGGCUCGGUGCGGCUAUGUUGGUAGCUGGGAACGUCAUCAUUGGGCGAAGAGAAGAGGACGAGCCAGCUAAAGAUGGGGAUGAUCAUGUGAGGGCAGAGAAUGGGGAUGGAGCGUACACUGACGAGGGUGGGGAGUUGCUGACCAACGAAGAUGUGGAAUUGGAUGAAGGCAUGGAUGCAAGGAGAGGAAAACAAGAUGAGGACGAUGUUUUGCAGUUGGAUUUGGAUGAUGAAGAGGGGAAAACUGUGUCCUAG